AUGAAGCCAGUCGUUUCCGCCCUCAACGCUUGGAGCUGUGUCGUCAUCUCCUUCUUUGCCAUUAUAAUUUUAUCCAUUCUUGGGUCGCUAUUCAAGUCGAACCACCAUUCGUUCACCGGAUCAGAAGGCUCCCCAGAAGAUGGUGCUGCGGUCGCUGGGUCUAUUUUCACCGCUGUAAUAGUAUAUGCUGCCUUUUUUGUAUUCUGCGGAUUUCAAGCAUACCUGCAUACGCGGGCGAACCGACGAGGUGCGAUCUCUCUUAAUUAA